AUGCCGUCCACCGGCGUUACAUUCGCAACCCUCCCUAGAUCCCACUCGGAUCCCUCCAAGUUCCACCGCCUCACGACCCUCUACAAGUCCUUCCGCCUCCUCUCCCUCCGCCUCUCCCCGGAAUCCUUCGGCUCGACCUACGCCCGCGAAGCCGCCUUCCCCUGGGACGCAUGGACGUCGCGCCUCUCCAAUCCACUAGCGACGACCAUCGUCGCAUACAGAACCACAUCGUCCUCCGACCCAGCCCCGGAAACUGAACCCGCUCCGGCCGGCGUCCCAGCGACCCCAGACAACGCCAGCCUCGACGCGGCACUCGAUGCGGAAUGGCUCGCCUCCCUAACGAUAAUAGGCCCCCUGGACGCCGCCACCCUCGCGACGUCCCUCCACCUGGACCCCGACCUCGUCGACCUCGGCUCGUCGCAGGAGACGGAGACGGAGACGGAGACGCCGACGAGGCAGCAGCAGCAGCACAUCCUCAACGGCAUGUACGUCGUCCCCUCCGCGCGGGGCGAGAAGCUGGGCGUCCGGAUCCUGGAGCACGUCAAGGACCUGGUCACCUCCGAGGCGAGAUCGCAGGGCCGGGGAGCGCGCGUCUCGCUGAUCGUCGACUACGACAACGCGGCGGCGAGGAGGACGUACGAGAGGUGCAGGUUCGAGGUCGUGCACCGGUAUUGGUUUGACGACUAUCGUGAGGGGAGGGGGGCGAGGACGGAGGCGGCGGUCAUGGUGCUUGAUAUCGGUAGUCAAGUUGAACGGCAUGUCACGGACAACUUGACCUAA